AGUCAAAACAAAAAAACGGAAGGUACUGUGCACCUUAACGUUGUUGCUUAUAAAAUCAAAGCUCGUUUCUCCAAAAAAAAAAAAAAAAAAUCAAAGCUCGGUUCAAUAAUUGACUCGAUUACAUUACAUAGAUCAGGAAGCCAAACAAAAUGGAGGGGACAAAGAUUGCCAAGAGAUUUGAAGGCAAGGUUGCCAUUGUGACUGCUUCCACUCAGGGCAUUGGCUUCACCAUUGCUGAGAGGCUUGGCUUGGAAGGUGCCUCUGUUGUCAUCUCUUCUCGUAAACAGAAAAAUGUAGAUGAGGCGGUUGAAAAACUCAAAUCACGAAUCGAGGUGUUGGGUGUUGUUUGUCAUUUGUCAAAUGCACAACAAAGGAAGAACCUUAUAGACAAGACUAUUCAGAAAUAUGGUAAAAUAGAUGUGGUCGUAUCCAAUGCUGCUACUAAUCCAUCUGUUGAUAGCAUUUUGCAAACUCAAGAAUCUGUCCUGGAUAAGCUGUGGGACAUAAAUGUCAAAUCCUCCAUACUUAUCUUAAAGGAUGCAGGUCCUCAUAUGUCCAAGGGUUCUUCUGUGGUCAUCAUUUCCUCUAUUGCCGGCUACCAUCCACCAGCUUCCAUGGCUAUGUAUGGGGUGACUAAGACAGCCCUUCUUGGACUUACCAAGGCACUUGCAGCUGAGAUGGCUCCAAAUACACGUGUGAACUGUGUUGCUCCCGGUUUUGUACCAACACACUUUGCCUCAUUCAUUACAGAAAAUGAUGCCCUUAGGAAGGAGGUCGAGGGGAGGACUAUGCUUAACAGGCUUGGUACCACUCAAGACAUGGCUGCUGCUACUGCCUUUUUGGCAUCUGAUGAUGCUUCUUAUAUAACAGGAGAAACUCUGGUGGUGGCAGGAGGAACGCCAUCGAGACUCUAGAUCCCUUUCUAUUUUCUCCGUAAUACCUUCUACUCUUAAAAUCCCAAUGGUUUGAUAACCGGUUUACAAUUCCCUAAUUAAAUGGCAAAGAAUAAAUUCAUAAGUUAUGUAUUUCGUUUGUAAGUGACGCCAAGUUAUAUAUUUCGUUAUAUAUGGCCACAGGUGGCUAAAAAGACCCGCACAUUGUGAGUAUGAGUAACAUGUACACAAUAUAUAUUCCACACAAGCAGCUUUAUUUGGAAGGCAA